AGGGAAUGGACGUAAGCGAAUCAGGAGAGCAAAUGGAUGGCGGGGCAGCACCGGCCACUGCGCCGGAAGCAACGGGACUGCCUGAAGCACCAGGAGGAGAGGACCAAGAACCCGCGGCGGAUGGCGGGGCAUCGCCGGCCACUGCGCCGGAAGCAACGGGGCUGCCUGAAGCACAAAGAGAACAGGACCAAGAACCCGUGGCGGAUGGCGGGGCAGCGCCGGCAACUGCGCCGGAAGCAACGGGGCUGCCUGAAGCACCAGGAGAACAUGACCAAGAACCCGCGGCGGAUGACGGGGCAGCGCCGGCCACUGCGCCGGAAGCAACGGGACUGCCUGAAGCACAAGGAGAACAUGACCAAGAACCCGCGGCGGAUGGCAGGGCAGCACCGGCCACUGCACCGGAAGCAACGGGGCUGCCUGAAGCACAAGGAGAACAUGACCAAGAACCCGCGGCGGAUGGCAGGGCAGCACCAGCCACUGCACCGGAAGCCACGGGGCUGCCUGAAGCACAAGGAGAACAUGACCAAGAACCCGCGGCGGAUGGCGGGUCAGCGCCGGCCACUGCACCCGAGCGCGGUAGAUGGUUGGCCGCGCCGUCGUCGGCGUUCCGAUUAGGCCAUUUUGCCGGUUAUGAAUUUGCUGUUUGCCAGGAUUGUAGUUUACUAUGUUGCUGGAGUAUUGGUACGAGUAAUCGGCGUAGGCAAGUUCGCUUUCGCGAACCGUUUGCACUGCAGCAACGUCUAUAGGCUGCAGUUGGCCGUUGUGGUGCAUAGGUUCGUGAUGCACGUGGCGUUGUAUGUAUGUAUGUAUGUGUUACAAGCUUCGUACCGAGCUCGUAAGAUCCGUCCGAGCCAGAAGGCUCAUGGAUCGCGAGCACAAAACGCGAAAACAACCAAAAGAAGAAAAGUAAACAAAAGAGACAACAAACAGAACGCUAAUCAUAUGAUAAACCCUGUCUGCGC